UAUCCGGACAUGAAACUAGGUACGAGAGGUCCCAUAUGUUUCACCUGUUCGCAACAAAGUAGUACGGAUGACUGUGACACGGUGCAACUAUGUGGCCGAAAUCAGAUGUGUAAACUUGAACAGAUUUCCAUUAGUGACAUUGUUCUAUGGACAACAUCCUGUGAGGAUGCAAGGACGUGUCAAAUGCUGAAGAACAGUGCAGGCUUAAACUGUACGUCCACCUGUUGCGCUUCUGAUUUGUGUAACCACGAAUGUUCAGCAACGACAACACCCGAGCCUACGGGCUGUCCACAAGUACAGUGUAUGUUGGACUGUGGGAAUCCACCCAAGUACGUAAAGGAUCCCAAGGGGUGUGACCUCUGUCAGUGCGACUUUGGGCGAUAG